AUGAUUGAUUGCUCAUUCUGUCAAUCAUCGUUACACAGUUGUUUAGAAACGCACAAAUCGACUAUCGUCACUGUUAGUCUGUUCCUCGAUGCAUUUCAACGCAUUGCUGAUCUAGCGACAAAUACUAAAGGAGCAACGCGCGAUAUUGGUACAGCUUUAACACGAUUAAUUCUACGUCAUAAAUCGAUCGAACAAAAGUUAAAGUAUUUCACCAACGCUCUAGUUGAAUCAUUUGUUCAGCCAUUGAGUGAAUGCGUAGAAGACUGGAAAAAAUCAGCAAAUAAUCUGGACAAAGAUCAUGCUAAAGGUCUUAAAGAUUAUAAAAAACUACGUAAUGAACUACGAAAGAAAGCAUCCGAAACUGUUAAAUUACAGAAAAAAUGUCGAAAAUUGCCAAAACAUGAUGCCUUACAUAAUAAAUUGAAUUCGGCUAUACAAGAAGUGUCGAAUUAUUAUGGAAUGUUAGAAGAACGUGAGAAACAAGCACUUCGGUCUGCAAUGAUCGAAGAGCGGAGUCAUUUUUGUACAUUAUUUACUCUUUUAAAACCUGUUAUGGACCUUGAAAUUUCAAUGGCCUCGGAAAUGAGUCACAUCGAAGAUCUUGUUCAGUGUUUGAGUAAACAUACAGCAGAUCCUCAAUGUCUACCAACAGCCAGCGAACAAGUUAUUAAAGAUGUGAAAGGUAUUGAUUAUAGUACGAUCGUGGCAUUCAAGACUCCACCUUCGUCGCCUAGUUCUUUGAGCUCACGGAAAUCGAGUGUUUGUUCGAUAAAUAGUAUCAAUAGUUCGUCGUCGAAUUCAUUGAAUCAUGCACAUAGUCCAAAUCAUAAACAAGGUCAACAGCCGCAAUCACAAAUAUCGAUACCAAUUCAACACCAAUUCUAUCAUACAAAUGGUAAUCGAUCCUCGUCAAUACCGUCAAAUGUAGCCGUCAGUCGAAUAUCGAGUGUCUCCUCUCAAGAUUCAGGUUUUAUGUCUCAAGAACAGUUCUUUGCUCGUCCACCAUCACCUUUGGAAGAAUCAGAACGUGAAAUCGAUGGAAGUACCAGCCCGCUAUUGGUCGUCUCGUCUACGUUGAAUGCUUGGGCGAAACGACCCGAAAUUCCAACAAAUGGCAAACAUCCUGCAACAGUGACUGGCGCACCAGAACCCAUUAAAAAUUGUCGGCCAGCUAUUACGGCUCAUACAUUCGAUCCUCCGCCGCCCAGUCUAUUCGAAAAACCGAACUGGCAGAUCUACGAAGAAACUCAUUCACGUCUAACGACGAUUUCGGACGAUAGCACGCUGUCUCGUCAACAUUCGGUGCCAUCACGUCGUUGUCGAAUACGAGAUCUCAGUCUCGAACGAACAUCAACUAAUCAUCUGACUAAUGGUCGAGUCAAACCUACCCAACCACCAAUGGUUCCACAAGACUAUUACGGUACAAUUAGUAAUCGUCCUAAUUUAGGUAUGAAAUAUGAUUAUCAAUCUUGUGUGAAAUGGAGCCCUUUCCACGAUAACAAUCAACGUCUUCGCAACGGAUCGAUACCAUCAGAAAACAUGCCAUCCGAUCCUCGUGCAAUUGUAUGGCGUGAUCGUCCACGUCAAAACGGAAAUCAUUACGGCAGACCCUCGUUGGAAUCUGCUGAUGAAACAUUGGACGAAAUGUAUGAAUAUUUAACGAAAAGUAUUCAUUCAACGAAACAAUCACAUAAAAAUGAAACUCUUCGUCGUGGUAUGUCAAUUGCUGUCCAUCCAAGUGAAAGGCCCGCUCCGCCAGUACGUCGUACACCCUCCAUGAACACACACCAUUUCAAUGACAAUAGUACAAAAGUUCAUAUGAAAUAUAUUCAGGAAGUUGUUCAGAUCAAUCAUACAGAAGAUUUUCCACCUCCACCGCCUGACUUUCUUCUUUCAAACGAUCCGACACCUGUCAUCACAGCAACUAACAGUACCGCCACUACUGCGAACGAUCCACACUCAUCGUUGCUUGCUGAAAUACAACGUGGUUUUAAAUUACGUAAAACGGUGAUUGAUCGAGACAGAUCCGCUCCGCGUAUCAGAUGA